AUGACUGAAGACGCCGCACUCAUAAUGGACAGAGGAGAUCCCCAGGAGUAUACAGUUCCAUGUGCACUGCCUACGGAAGAAGGCUUCCUGCCGUGCUUUUCCCUGCAAUUGGCAGCUCGGGUCCGGCCCGGGGAACAUCAGCCCGGACUGGAAGAGGGUCCCCAGCCGAGGCCGGAGCCCAGUGACCUGACUCUGAAAAUUUACAGAGCAGAAUCUUAUGCUGGUCUUCAGGAAUUUAAAGCAGCCAUUGAAGAUUUAAAUUCAGUUCUCUUUCAACUUCCACAUUGGCCUGAGGUCUACUUCAGGAAAGGGAAAGUACUCCAGGAUGCUGGCUUUUUAGGUGACGCCUUACAACUCUUUCUUCAGUGCUUAGCCCUUGAUGAAGAUUUUGUACCUGCAAAGCUACAAGUAGAAAAGAUUUUAUGUGACUUAUUAUCACCUGAAAACUUAAAAGAAGGCCUGAAGGAAUCCUCCUGGAGUUCAUUACCUUGUAUUAAAAGCAGACCUUUUGGUUUCCCAUCAAUAAUGGAUGUGUGUCAUUCUCCUAGUGAGCUUGGCUCAAAGCAGACUGAAGAGGUACCAGAGGACACUUCAGAACCUGUCAAAGGAAGCUUAAACCGUGCUCAGUCCACACAGGCUAUAAAUUCCAUGGAAAUCCCUGCCAGAGAGGACUGCUUAAAAAGGGUGUCCUCGGAACCUUUACUCUCUGCUCAGGAAAAAGGUGUUCUGCUGAAAAGAAAAUUGUCUCUCUUAGAACAGGAUGUAAUUAUAAAUGAAGAUGGAAGAAAUAAACUUGUAAAACAAGGAGAAAAUUCCAGUGACGUCUGUAUGUUUUCAUUUGCUUAUGGUGACAUCCCAGAAGAAUUAAUAGAUGUAUCAGAUUUUGAAUGCUCUCUGUGCAUGAGGUUGUUUUUUGAGCCAGUGACAACCCCUUGUGGACAUUCGUUCUGUAAGAACUGUCUUGAACGUUGCUUAGAUCAUGCACCAUACUGUCCCCUUUGCAAAGAAAGCUUAAAAGAGUAUCUAGCAGAUAGGAGGUACUGUGUCACACAGCUGUUGGAAGAAUUAAUAGUGAAGUAUCUGCCUGAUGAACUGUCUGAGAGAAAAAAAAUAUAUGAUGAAGAAACUGCUGAACUCUCACACUUGACCAAGAAUGUUCCAAUAUUUGUUUGCACUAUGGCCUACCCCACUGUGCCUUGCCCUCUUCAUGUAUUUGAGCCAAGAUACAGAUUGAUGAUUCGAAGAAGUAUACAGACUGGAACCAAGCAGUUUGGGAUGUGUGUCAGUGAUACCCAAAAUAGCUUUGCAGAUUAUGGUUGUAUGUUACAAAUUAGAAAUGUACAUUUCUUACCCGAUGGAAGGUCUGUGGUUGAUACAGUUGGAGGAAAGAGGUUUAGGGUUUUAAAAAGAGGAAUGAAAGAUGGAUAUUGCACUGCAGACAUUGAAUAUCUGGAAGAUGUUAAGGUUGAUAAUGAAGAUGAGGUAAAGAGUCUCAGAGAACUUCAUGAUUUGGUUUACUCUCAAGCCUGCGGUUGGUUUCAGAAUUUAAGAGACAGAUUUCGAAGCCAGAUUCUUCAACACUUUGGAUCAAUGCCUGAGAGAGAGGAGAACCUUCAGGCAACUCCUAAUGGACCUGCGUGGUGUUGGUGGCUUCUUGCAGUUCUUCCUGUAGAUCCUCGGUAUCAGCUGUCGGUGUUGUCCAUGAAAUCUUUGGAAGAGCGUUUGACAAAGAUACAGCAUAUACUAACAUAUUUUUCUAGAGACCAAUCUAAAUAACUAACUGCUUAGAUCUUACUUUAAAGUUACCCUAAUCUGGCUAUGACAGCUGGAUUGUCCGCUGCCUUUGCACAUCCAGUGCUGGUUUGAGAAAUGUAAUGAACUUUGUUUCCUUCAACCUCCUGAACCAUGUGGAUCUGCAGAUGAAUACCUUCAACUAGGAUUUAGACCACUAAGAACCUGCACAAAAAAACACUCAGUGAAUGUGUGUCGAACCUCUACAUUGUGAUAAAGUUGCACUAUGUACCAUAUAUGAAAAUAAAUUAAGAACUCUGUAUGUAUGUAGUGGGUGGGUGCGUGUGUGUGUGCGGGUGUCUGUGUAGUAUGUGUGCAUUUUCCCUGGCUUUAAAAUUAAAAAAAAAAAAAAAAGCCAUAGAGAGCAGAAUUUGCCGAGGGUCAUUUAUUGCCUGGUUUACAACUGUAGCGAUAUAAGUUUUUGCAAAUUCUAUUUGCCUCAGAUUUCUCUGUCCUAAUGCUUAUAUUUGCACAAGUAUGUAAAAUAUGGUACCAAGUAUCAUUCUCUGUUGGAAAUACUGUUCUUGCUGAACUGUCUUGACCAUUGACUAUGACACAGUUUCUUAUUUAUGUAAAUACUUGCAUCCUAGUGGCCAACAGGCUUCGGAUGCAGAACCUAGAGCCAGUUUUCAGGAACAAUUGCAAACCUGACAUGGUACUGUGCAUCUGUUCAUAAAACACUCAAAACUGUGAAAUUAUGGUUUACAUGUAAUUGUACAUAAAGGUAAAUGGAGGACUCAAUUCGGUAUCAGUUUGUACAUUUUAGGGGCUUUUCACAUUAACUGCCCGUCUAUGUGAUUUAUAGUUUGACAUGAUGUGUUUAAGGAUUACAUAGGAUAAACCUGUUAAGGACUAGGGGAAGAGAAGAAGCUUAAUGUAGAACUAAGCUUUUAAAGUUUGUUUUGUUUUUUAAUUCGGUCUUGGUGCAAAUGUGAGUUCUGCCUUAUUCAUAUCACAGUUAGAUCACCAUGCUGUGACAUGGUUUAUCUUCAUGCUGCCCUAGAGACUUUUGUAAUUAUUUGUUGCCAACUUGUGACUGUCUCUAUUAA